CAAAAGCAGUGUGUGUGUUACACACACCAACUCCUCCGCAAAUUAACCAGCAGCCAACCAUUGCUGAUAACAAAACACCCCACCAUUCCUUCUUCGCUAAAUCCACGUGUCACCCCAAUAUCCCAUCCUCAACAACCCCAAUUCUUGCUUAUUUCUCAAAACAUAGGAGGGAAAAAUCAAUUCAACCGUUUUCCUUUUUCUUGUUCAAGAAUUCUCAUAUAUUGCCCAAAAAGGAAGAAUCUUGAAAGAAAGAAAGAAGAUUAGUGCUAAAUAUUAAAGAAUAUGGCGUCAGCAGCUGCUUCUUUGGGUUCGUCAGCUUUGAUUCAAGGUGGGCUUACAGGUCAAAAGCUCUCUCUUGCAACCCCCACUUCUCUCACUUGUACAAGGAGAAGAUCUAGAGCUGUAGUUAAGGCAACUGCUCGAGUUGAUAAGUUCUCCAAAAGUGACAUCAUUGUGUCUCCAUCAAUUCUUUCUGCUAAUUUUGCCAAAUUAGGAGAGCAGGUCAAAGCAGUGGAGGUGGCAGGUUGCGAUUGGAUUCACGUUGAUGUGAUGGAUGGCCGUUUUGUGCCAAACAUUACAAUCGGCCCCCUCAUAGUAGAUGCUUUGCGCCCUGUCACCGAUCUCCCAUUGGAUGUGCAUUUGAUGAUUGUGGAGCCUGAGCAACGAGUCCCGGACUUCAUCAAGGCUGGAGCUGACAUAGUUAGUGUUCAUUGCGAACUAGCUUCAACCAUUCAUUUGCAUCGUACAGUGAAUCAAAUUAAGAGCUUGGGUGCUAAAGCCGGAGUUGUUCUGAACCCUGGAACUCCAUUAAGUACCAUAGAGUAUGUUCUUGAUGUGGUUGAUUUGGUAUUGAUCAUGUCUGUAAAUCCCGGGUUUGGUGGGCAAAGCUUCAUAGAGAGCCAAGUAAAGAAAAUAUCAGAUUUGAGAAGUUUGUGCGCUCAGAAGGGAGUGAACCCAUGGAUUGAGGUAGAUGGUGGAGUUGGCCCAAAAAAUGCUUACAAGGUGAUUGAGGCUGGAGCCAACGCAUUGGUUGCUGGCUCUGCUGUUUUUGGAGCUCCUGAUUAUGCUGAAGCUAUCAAAGGGAUCAAAACCAGCAAAAGGCCUGUAGCAGUUGCAGCAUAAACUUUUCAUUCUGGAUAUGUAUUCAGACGACAAACAGAACCAGUUGGAGGAGGAUACAUCGAAACAAGUACAACAAGAAGAGUGAAUUCAGAAGAAUCAUGAGAGUACUGCUUGUUGUAUAAUUUGAAUGAUGAAGUUCCACAUAUUAUUUUGGCUUGUAGAAAAAAAUGCUACAACCUCUGUUCCAGCGCUUGCUUUUUCGCCUUUACAAAAUGUAUAUUACGAUUAUAAAAAAAUGAGCUCAUUCUUCUCUUCCAA